AUGGUGGAAGUUAAGAGGUAUUGUAAUCUUAUUGGCUGUGCUGCAGUCAUGAUGACUAUAUGUGUACCGUAUUUUUUCGGUAAUUUGAUAACCAAUACAAUAUCAUAUCUCUAUUUUCUAGGUAAUUUGAUAACCUAUACAAUAUCAUAUCUCCAUAGUCGUGGCUUGUAUGAUGAAUCGAAUCUUGGAGAUGAAAAUUGGAUUCUAGCACCAGUAGCAAUGCUGCAUGGCGUUGGGACAUUUCUUGGUGCUUGUUUACACAAGAGACUUCACAUAAAGUGUUGCUUUUUAAUACCAUGUGGUAUUUUUCUGUGGGGGUUUUUACUAACAUAUUACACAGUGUCCUACAGUAUAUGGUCGAUAGCUCUGACUUUUGGUGGUAUAUCUGGGGCAGCUUCGGGGAUGAGUUAUGCAUUGUCUGUGUAUGUGGCUACCCAGACAUUUUCAGAGAGGGUAGGCACAGCAACAUCAAUAAUUCUAACGGGUUUUAGUUCAGGAGGUAUAUUUCUUAAUGCACUGAUUACUCUGAUUAUAAAUCCCAAGAACCUGUCACCAAAUAUGGAACUAAACAAAUAUAGAAUUUUUAACCAAACAGAAAUAAUAGACAGAGUUCCAUCAACGUAUAUAUAUCUAGGAAUUAUAUUGGCAUCUAUUCAGUUGAUUGGGAGUUUGCUAAUCACCAAACCAGAUUCCACAACUCAUACAAAUUAUGAAGUACUGAACGAAAAUCAAUCAUCUUCACAAUCGGUUGAACCAGUAGACGUGACCACAAAGGAGAUACUGAAAGAUGUUAGAAGUUAUACUCUGUGGUUUAUAGUUUGUUUUGGUGUGACAACUCCUGUCUUAAUCCAGUCGGUAUAUAAGAAUUUUGGUCAAAACUUCAUUGAUGAUGACCAGUUUCUUGCUACCGUGGGCUCAACUCUUGCCUUUUCGAAUAUAUUUUUUAGGCUGGCUGUUGGUAUAUCGGCUGAUAAAUGUGGUAUUAAGAUGACAUUUCUAUGGACGUAUAUUCCUUGUAUCAUCUUGUUGUUUACAAUUUAUCAAGUUCAGUUUCUACCUAGAAUAUGGUAUUUAAUUUGGGUGAACGCCUUGUCCUGUUUACUAUCCAAUGUAUUUAUCUUAUUACCCAUUUCUGUCAGGCAGUUGUUUGGCUCAAAACAUUUUAUGAUGAACUAUGCUGUAUUUUGGAAUGGUGCUGCACUUGGUGGAUUCGCAUUACCACUAACAGUAAAAUAUUUAGUAACUAUAGGUUGGCAAACAUUAUUCUUCGUAUUUGGUGGAGUUGUCUCUCUUAGUACUGUGUUGGUUAUGCUGUUAAAGUUACCUUUAUUUCCAAAAUGUAAUAAAAAUGUAAAGGACUCUCUUAUAGAGUUAAAACCCCAAAUGAACGACAAAGACAAUGUGAAAGAGGAUGGUAACUGUUCUGUUUCUGAUUGA